AUGGGAGAUAAAAAGAAAAAGGGAGAUCAAGUAGAAGAUUUCUCAACAGAAUAAUUAAAUAAAUUAUACCGAAAGCGAUGUGAAAUUAAUGGAGUUCCUCUUUGCAAAAUAUUUAAAGAGAGAUUAGAAGCAGUUUGUUCAGAAGGAGAACAUUUAUAAAAUGUAAAACUGUGGGAAGAAAUGGGGCCUGUUGGUGUAAGAGCUAUGAUGGAAUCAUUUACUGAAAUAGGCUAUAAACAUCUAAAACAAUUAAGAUUAUGGAGAGUGAAAUGUUAAGAUGAAGGAGUCAGAACAAUAUGCAUAUAUAUUGAUAAAGUUAGAUUGUUGGAAGUUUUAGAUCUUUUAGAUAAUUAAAUUGGUGUAUUAGGUAAUUUUAAUAAUAAUUUUAGGAUGUAAGUUUUUAGCUGAUAUACUACAUCCAAAGUGUGAAAAUAAAUUAGUAAAACUGAAAUUGGAUCAUAAUCAAAUAGGCUCAGAAGGUUUGGCUGAACUCACUAAAGGGCUAUCUAUGAAUAAUACAUUAGAAAGUUUGGCCUUGAAUUAUUGUGGAAUAGAAGCAGAUGGAGCUAGAUAUCUUUAGGACAUAUUAGCAAAUGUUAAUAGCAAAUUGUAUAAAUUAAAAUUAUGUGGAAAUCGUCUUAAAAAUGAAGGAGCAUAUGAAUUAUUUAGAGCAUUAGAAAUUAAUAAUACUUUAGAAAGAAUUAAAUUAGCAGAUAAUCAAUUUCAUUCUGAUCCUACUGAUUUAACCUUGAUUAAUAAAAUUCUUUCAACUUUCGAAUUAAACAAAACACUUGGAUAUUAUGAUCUAAAAUUCAAUUUACUUAGUGAUGAAGGUACUUAUAUUUUAAUUUUAUUUAGAUGCUACAAAAAUUAUUCCAUUGAUCGAAAAAAAUAAAUCAAUUUUUUUUAUAGAAAUAUCAGAUCAAAUUUCAAAACCUUUGACUGAUAAAUUAAAAUCACUAACAAAGAAAAGAAAACCAAAGAAGAAGAAGAAAGGCAAGAAGAAGAAAUGAAUAAAUUAUAAAAAAAUUAAUAAUA